AUGUUCAUGUGCCGUUGUUGUAAUUGGGCUUUCCCGGAUAAAACAAGUUUACAUAUGCAUAUGCAGGCAAAAGAAGAAGGUAAAACGAUAUCGGUACCGGUGAUCGGUAAAGGUAAUCCACCAGCUACUCAUCAAAAUCAACAUCAGCAGGAGCAGCAACAGCAACAACAAAAUGAGAAUCUAACUGGUCAGAGCGGACUAACGGAAAAAGGACGUCAUUCACCGCAAUUGUCAGCGCUUCAUGUUCCGCAACCACGUGUUCCGGCAACAAAUCCAUUUGCUCCAUUACAGCUUCAUUCAUUAGUUGGCUUUGCACCUCAACAAGCAGUCAGUCUUACCGAACAGACCUCAUUGCAAGCAGCAGCAGCAGCAACUUUAUUUCCAUCAAUGACUCUUCUACGAGAUGCAUCCGGAAGUGGAACACAUGUUGAUGAUUUAAUGUCGAAAUUACGUGAACGUCUGUUGUUAAAUAAUUUGGUUGCGCAAUCCAGUUUUGGUCUUGCUGCAUGGCUUUCAACUUAUCCAAAAAUGAAUCAAUCAAACGCAAAUGGUGGAAAUCCACUGGAUAUGUGCUCAUCGAAGGAUUCCGAUGUGAACUUGGUUGCUGAAGAGGACGAAAUUAAUGUUGAUAAAGAAUAUGACGAUGAUAUGAUAGCGGAUAGUAAUAGCAACGAGCAACAUCAAUCUCACAUUGUAGAAUUGAACGGAAAGCAUGCAAAAAUAACAAAAGCUGAAACAUCAAUAAAACCUGAAGAGAGCAAUAAUAAUAAUAACAAUAAUAGCAAUAAUGAUAAUAUUAAUAAUAAUAAUGAUAAUAAUAAUAAUGACAAUAUCGAACGACCUAAAAGCGCGAAUAGGAUUACAGACAAUAAAAAAAUCCUGCAUGAAUCACUGUUGGCGCCAGCUUCUAAUGCUGCUAUUGGAAUUGUUUCAUCUAAAACAAUGCCAAAUUUAUGUUCGGCAAUAAAUAGCUCCCCAAAGAAUGGUACUCUAAUAUUAAAGAACGAUGAAUGCAAAAACCUUCUGAAUGGUAUUUCGAACAAUAGCAUUGAUAGUAUUAUUAUCAACAACAGCAACAAUAAUAAUAGCAAUAAAGGAGAGCAUACAAUAAACGAAUCAUCGGAUUCAACUGAAAGUCAUAUAUCACCAUCUGAAACUCAUAGUAGCAUAAGUAAUGGUACAUCACCACCUGCAUCUCGAGAAUGCUAUGAAUGCGCAAUCUAUAGGGGGAAAUUAGCAAUGGCUGAAAAUAGAUGUCGUUAUUUGGAAGGAAAAACUGCUACUCUUCAAUCAGAUGCGAUUCGCUUUAGUACUCGUGUGACAGCAUCCGAAAAUUCAGCACGACAAUAUGAGCAAGAAGGUCGCUUUCUAAGAGAACAAAAUGAAAUUUUACAACGAAAAAUAUUGGAAUGUCAGGAGAAAACGUUGGCAUUUAUGCAAGCUGAUCAGGCAACUAAUGCGCAAGCUGUAGCUCUUUAUUUAAAUGAUAUCCUAAAGACAACUUUUCUCCGAUAA